AUGCUGGAGUACUUCACAUACAAAAAGGUCAAGAAGCACAAGGCCGAGAAGGCGGCGAAAGAAGAAGCCAGACAGGCGGCCGAAGCUGCCACACGAACCGACACCAGUGCCGCCGAGAGCAGCAGCAACAACAAACACGCACAUGGCCAUGACCACGACACCAGGCACCGCCGCCACGACGGCCACGAAGCCGUCAUUCGACCCGACGACGAGAGCUUUCUCGAGGAACUGCUCGCCAACGAUGACGUCCCCGCGCCGCCGUUGCCCCCGCGCCUGUACCUGCGAGACCUAGACUGGCCCUCCGACACGGACGAUGCCACGCCGUCUACAAGCCAGCAAGCACCACCACCGCCCGGCAAGCCCGCGGACAGUGAAAGUGACAAGGACAAGGACAAAGACAAGGAGCCCAAGAAGCCGAACCGCAUCUCCGCGCUCUUCACCCGCUCCAAGCCAAAGGACGACGCCCUCAAGCCGCUGCCCACCACGGCGCCCGCCGAGCAGGAAAAGGAAAAGAAGGACCUCUCCAAAGUCCUCGACCGCCUCAACCUGUCGGUCAAGAACAACAAGGUCAUCAGCACCGACUCGUCCGCCGCCCUCCAGUCCUUCACCAAUGUCUUCAAGGACCUCGUCAACGGCGUGCCCACCGCCUACGACGACCUCAUGGGCAUCGUCGACGACAAGGACGGCGCCCUGGCAAAGGGCUUCGACAAGCUGCCCAACUCGCUCAAGAAGCUCGUCACCCAGCUCCCGGACAAGCUCACCUCCUCUCUGGGGCCGGAGCUGCUCGCCGCCGCCGCCGCGAGCCAGGGCAUCAAGGCCGACAGCAGCAGCGGGCUCAAGGGCGCCGCCAAGAGCGUCUUCGUGCCCGCCAACCUGCUGCAGCUCGUCACCAAGCCCGGCGCCAUUGUCGGCAUGCUGCGCGCCAUUGUCGAGGUCCUCAAGACGAGGUGGCCCGCCUUUAUUGGGCUGAAUGUCAUGUGGGGGGUUGCUUUGUCCCUUCUCCUCUUUGUGCUGUGGUACUGCCACAAACGGGGCCGGGAAGUCCGCCUCGAAGGCGAGCGCACCGUCGACGGGAGCGACCGUAUCGAGGAGCUGGCUGAUGAUCCUGCGCUGCCGGCUCCCGAGCCGCCGGGCCGGGUGUCGACGCUGCGAGAUGAAGACGCAGAGGUGGUUGAGGCUCCUGGGCGCAGAAACCUGUCCAGGUAA